UAUACACUCUCAUUCAUAAACAGUAAAAUCCGUAAAACCACUGUCAACAGCUUAUCGUCAAAUAUUAUUGGCACAGGUAGUCCUCCUGUUACAUAGCUUUAAUCCUAAAUUUGGAAAGGACCCAGGUUGUGCGAUAUUGUUUUCAAGUCGUUUGCUUUGGCAAUAGCAAGGAAUGGCUUCCACCAUUUGGUAUCCACCGCAGCAAAGAACUCAACUUCCGGAAGGACAUCAUAGGGAAAAGGUUGCUGCGAGUGCUGCCCACCGCUUGUGUCGAUUGUGUCUUUCGAAGGAGCAACGGCUUGAGCCACUGUUUCCCCCGGAUGGAAUGCCGAACGAAACACUGCUGCAGCGGAUUCUGAACUGUCUCACAAUAGCGCUUACUUUUGACGAGGAUUUCGACACGUACAUCUGUUUUAUCUGCAUCCAGGAGGUUACAAAGUUUUACUUCUACAAAGAGCAAUGUCUGGCGAACGAUUCGAUUUUACGUAGCCGCCAAAAACACGCCGACGGAUACGCUGAAGAGGAGAAGGAUGAUUGUGCAGUGGUGGAACGUAACAACGGCCAAGCGGACACCCACGACAGUGAGGUUGACUAUUCGGAAGGAGAACUGAUUGAUUCGGAUGAAUUCGAUGUCCGAGAUGUGGAAGAUGAUAAUGAGGAAAGUGUUCAGAGAGGCUUCUUCAGAAGCCCGCGGAUACAAAUGGAGCCACAGUUCUUAAAACCACUGCCAAAGCAGAGAGCCAGAAGAGAGAAUGUACAAGAUUACUACCACGGUGGAUUCAGGUAUACCUGCGCGUCUACUCGUGCGAAUGGGAAUGUGCACUGGCGGUGUAUGUACAAGUCGAAACUUAAAUGCCGAGCAGCGAUUCAGGUGGCUCCCAAUGGCACAGUUACGAGGGGACCCAAUCGACACAAUCACCAUCCAGAGAAACAAACCGAACGCUUCCCGGUAGAUGGCACCAUCACGGAUUUGCGUACGGGUCGGCAGGUGUCUUAUCAGUUGAUCAACAGUGGCAGUCGAAUGCAGCUUGUUUGCGAUGGGUACAAAUAUUGGUGCGCAAGGACUACCAAAAAACAAACCACCUAUUGGCGAUGUAUGAAACACAGUGGAAAGCUGAACUGCCGGGCGGUUCUUUCGAUUGGGGUUGAUUUCAGCAGUUGUACGACCAAUGGUUAUCCACACAAUCAUCCUGCACAGAUUGAUAUGGUCCAGACACCGUUGUCGAAUUGCGGUGCUUUAAGCAGACAGGAACGUAACGGGGAGAAUUCCAAUCUGCAAAUGAUGCAACCGAUGAAUGGACACGAAACAACAAGCAAGCCGUUUAAUCCGAAGUCCAAGUGGAAUGUGAUGAUACACAAGGGGUACGACUUUGGUUUUCCGCGGAUAGAACGGAAGAAUACCAAGUGGUCUUGCUUUAAGAAAAGUUCGUUCAAUUGCCCCGCUAAUGUUUACACUGAUUGGUCAGGGAAGGUGAUUAGGGAGAGCGAUUGGGCACAUAACCACAAGCAGAGUGACGAUUACGAUGGAGAUGCCAUCAUCGAGGGUUACAUGCAGCACAUCAAGACUAAGGAAUCCAUCUUCUACAAACUCAUUCCUGGGAAGCGUGGUCAGCGUUUCGUUCUGUACAAAGGUUAUCGCUACUCAUCCGACCGGUUGGUACGAGAUGGCCGUAUUGCGUGGAAGUGUACAAAAUGUAAAGUUUUCAUUGUUGUUGGGGGCCGUUUUGGGACGAUCGAAGAGCGUGGAGGGGACCAUGGGCACCCGACGCAGGAUGACGAUGAUGCAACGUGCGACACAUCGUACUAUGCGGACCAGCAGUCGAACGCGGAUCUGGACUCGGAACAAACUCAGGACGAUGAGCACGAUAUGGAAUUUAGUGUGAAGAUAGAGCCGGAUGACGAUGAGCGCCUAAAGCAGUACGACGAGGAGGAGGACGAUGGCGACCAGGACGAGGUGGACGACAACGACGACGAAGAUGACGCAGAGGACGAUGAAGAUGACGAUGAUGAGGAUGAAGACUAUGAAGAUGAACAGAUAAUCAUUCCAGAUGUAUCCAUAGUAAGUACGCAGAGGAAAACAAGAGGUAAGUGAAAUGAAAACAUUUCCACCCAAUCAAGUCAUUAGAGUUAUAAGAUAUGGAAUGCCAAAUUACACAGUUAUGUGACUGAUCUUAACACAUUGACAUUAAAUGUACAGAACAUGAAA